GCUGGGCACUUCAUGAAGUUUCAUGCAACUUGAGCAGUGCAAGUAUCAUAAGAUUGAGGACUGAAGAGGAUGCUUUACAAAAAAAUGUUGCUAGAACAAGAGAUGAAUUCAAAAAUGUUAUUGAGGGGACAAAUAACUAAAUUAGGCAUGCUCAAAGGACAAUUAGAAUGUGAUUUUAAUUAUGUAAACAUUAAAUUAUUGGAUGCUAAUAAGAUUUUGGAUUACCGACCCCGGAGAUCGAUCAGGUGGUGAUGGGUCUUGAUGACGUCUUUUGCACCCGGCUUUUCUUGGGGCUAGGCUUUCCCCAUCACGCAUCGGGAAAACCGGCGGCCUCGAAAGCCGCCGCCGUGGGAUUCGAGCCGGACCUGACUCUCAGCUUGUCAGGCGAAACCCAGGAUCCGGCGGCCGCCGCCAAGGCCGUCGUCGUAUCUCUUGCCAACAACAACAACAACAAGGCCUCUGUUGACCGGUCGGGUGAUUUGCUUUACCGACAGGACAGCGCUGCUUCCUCGUACUCCAACGUCAGCGUGAAGAGAGAGAGGGAGAGCGAUGAGGGAGAGAUUGACCGGGUUUCCCCUAGGGUCAGCGACGAAGACGACGACGGCGCUAACGGCCGGAAAAAACUCCGUCUCUCCAAAGGGCAGUCCGCCCUUUUAGAGGAGAGCUUCAAACAACACAGUACCCUCAAUCCCAAACAAAAACAAGAUCUAGCAAGGGAGCUCAAUCUGAGGCCCCGACAAGUGGAAGUUUGGUUCCAAAACAGACGAGCCAGAACAAAGCUGAAGCAAACGGAGGUGGACUGCGAGUUUCUGAAGAAAUGUUGCGAGACGUUAACGGAGGAGAACAGGAGGCUAGCGAAGGAGGUACAAGAGCUGAAAGCGCUGAAGAUGACGGCGUCGCAGCCGGUGUACAUGCAACUCCCGGCGGCCACACUGAGCAUGUGCCCGUCGUGCGAGAGGAUCGGCGCGGCGGUAGAAGCGGCGGCGUCAGGCAAGAAGAGCCCUUUUACCAUGGCCCCCAAACCCCACAAUUUCUUCAACAACCCAUUCAUCACCAACCCAUCGGCCGCCUGUUAGUUCAUUUGCGUGCGCCACUUAACCAAUUAUUGCGUCCUUAUUUAAUUUGUCCCUAUAUAUAUACUUCCCCCACAAACAAACAUAUAUUACUCCUUCUUAAAAAAAUCAAAAUAUUAUUUUAUCUUAUCUUCUUUCUUUAUUAUAUAUAGAUAUAAAUAUAUAAAUACGUCUAUAUAUGAAUCAUUAAUAUUAAUAGUGCGUGGAUAUAUAUAGCACGUUUGAUCUGAAAUGUACCCCCCAACCACUUUUUUUUUGGUGAGGGAUUUGUGAUCAUCCAAAAAUGGAUAAUAUUUGCAUAGCUUUGUAGUUAAUUAGUUGAUUAAUCUGUACGUAUGUAGAUAACAAACAUCGAGAUUACUACUAAUGUAUCCAAUCUCUUUGUUUCUUUGUGACAUAUGUAUUAUGAAUUUGUUUAUAAAUAUAUGUGUGUUGU